AUGACUGAUAAAGACGACUUUAACGCUGUUGCAAACAUAAUGAUACCUAUUGAGAACCCCGAAGGUUCUCGAAAUAUGAUGGACAACCAAAAUGAAGAGAAAAUGGCUCACAUGGAGCAAGAACUGGAGAUCUUGAGGGAAGAAUUACGCCAAGUGCGAGACUUGGCCAAACUAUCGGCUACCACUUUCCCUACUUUCAAGACGCCUAUCUACUUCGUAAAAGCUGACAUGCCAAAUCAGCCAGAACAAACUCAAAACGCUCCUACUUACGGUCAAGUACCACCAGCUUCUCUAACCGUAGUCAGGACCGUUCUCGACCUUUCCAACCACGACCAUACCAUACCUACAAUGCAGCAGAUACUUAGGGCACAUGUCGCCGCUCCUUACGAGCCACAUGUUCCACCCGUCGAUCAAUAUGAAAAAAUGGAGAAAGAUGCUCAGUUGAAAGAAGACGCGUCGAUAAAGGCCCAGCUUCAGGGUCUAAGAAAAGCCUUGAAAACCUUACAAGUCACUAGAGGGACAGAGAGUCUGGAUUAUGAUGACUUGUGCAUCUAUCCAGACAUUGACAUGCCAGUAGGGUUUAAACCACCGAAGUUUGACAUGUUCGAUGGAAAGGGCGACCCUCACGCGCAUUUACGGGCAUACUGUGACAAGUUAGUUGGUGUAGGGAGAAAUGAGAAGUUGAGGAUGAAGUUGUUCAUUCGGAGUCUGUCUGGAGAAGCAUUAACCUGGUAUACCCUCCAAGACCCUCGCAAAUGGACUGACUGGCAGGAAAUGGCUGAGGACUUCAUGACUCGUUUCAGAUUCAAUACUGAAAUUACUGCUGACAGAUUCUCAUUGGCCAAUAUACAGAACAAGCUAUCUGAGAAUUUCCAGGAAUAUGCACGACGUUGGAAAACUGAAGCCGCGAGGGUGCAACCACCACUAGAUGAGAGUGAGCUCUCGAAGUACUUUAUUCGAGCUCAAGAAGGUGUCUACUUUGACAAGAUGAUGUCAAUGAUGGGUCAGAAGUUUGCAGAAUUGGUCAAGAUGGGAGACUUUAUAGAGUAA